GGAGAGAGAGAGUUAUGAAGAGAGUUUCGAUUUAUUCGAGAUAAGUACGAUCUUAUAGUUUAUAGUAUGGAUUUAAUGCACUUAAGUGGACCGACGGCUCCAAACACAAAUCUUUCAAAAGUUGUGUUCUUUAGAAGCUAAACUCCCAAGUGAUUGGUACGUAAGACUCGGCUUUGGUUUGAUUUUUUACUAGAACCUAAUCUCUUCUUAUAAAUGGUAUGCAUAUGUAUACAAUCUCUCCACGCGAGAAGAAAACGCUCAGCCAAGUCAAGUGAAACCAUUCCGGGAAUAGAUUCCGGCGAUAGUCUCUCUCUCUCUCUCUCAGUGUGUGUGUGCGUGUGCAAACUGCAAAUUCUUCUCGGAACGACAAGGAAUUGAAAAGGGCGUCAGGAUUUGGCCAGUUGGGAUAGUCGGUAUGUCUGGCUAUGGCAUUUUGGAUGGAACUAACAAUGCGGUUUCUAGUGACCUUUUCAUGAGAAACGUGGAUUAUUUUGACUUCCCCAUGGAAAGUUUGGAAGGGGAUGACCUCAAUGGAGGGUACUGGGAUGCGAAACUCCAAAGCCUUGCGCCAAUUCUUUCAGAAGUUUUGGCGGGUUCGCCCUUGCCUUCUGGUGGUUAUACCGGCAGUGCCGCAUCGGUCAUGGCGCCUAGUCUCUCUGGUCCUAGCCAGGAACCUGUGCUAAAAUGUGUCCCAAACUCUGAUGAAGAAGCCGCUAGAGCAGGCAUUUCCCAUCAGAAUAAUUAUUCUGAUGGCCCAGUUUCUGUCCAUGGAAGCCUAAGCUCGUGCUCAAGUGAAAAGAGGUUGCCCACGAGCUCUGAACUUUUCUCUUGCUCCAAGCGUUCACGGUUUUCAACCAUCUAUACACACCGUUCUGCUGCCCCCAAAGAAUUGUCCCUAUCUAGUGGAUUUUCUGAAUCUAAUCCCCCGAAGAUCAGGACAAACCCCGUCAGAAAACUGAAGAAGAAAAAGAAACUUGCACCGGUAUCAGGUGCCACUAAGAUAAAGCAAAGAUCCGUUGGUAGUAAAAGAUGCUUGCAUUGUGAGGUGAGAGAAACACCACAAUGGAGGGAUGGACCAAUGGGGCGAAAGUCACUUUGCAAUGCAUGUGGGGUCCGAUACAGUUCAGGCCGUCUCUUUUUAGAAUACCGUCCGGCUGCAAGUCCCACAUUCGUUCCAUCUUUGCACUCAAACUUCCACAAGGAGGUUAUUGAGAUGAGAGAGAAAGUCCAAGACUUUGUACCAAUUCCUUCGGAAGCUUUGGUGGGUUCGUCCUUGGCUUCUGGUGGCAAUGCUGCAGCGGUUGUGGGUGAGGAAUCUUCUGAGGUAAAACCAAAGCCAAAGGCUGUCAAAGCCGUCUCCAGGUCAAGCAGUUCCCCUCACAGCAAUUACUCUAUUGGUGUAGAUUCCGGAGUCCUCCAAACACCCAGCCCAGUUUCAGCCCAUCAAAGCAGUAGCAGCUCAUGCUCAAGUGAGAUGCCCAUGUCCUCAACCUCCAGAAUGGUCACUCGCUCUAUGCGUUCACGGCUUUCAACCACCAACCCACACUGUUUUGAAGAAUUGUCCCGAUCGAAAGGAUUUUCUGAAUCUAAUCUCACGAAUACCGACAAAAACCCCGUCAAAAGAAAACUAAAGUUGCCCUUAAAACUACCACAGAAGUCAGGCGUCGCUAAAACUACAAAAUGCUCACAUUGCGAGACAAGGAAGACCCCACAAUGGAGGUACGGACCAAUGGGUAAAAAUACACUUUGCAAUGCAUGUGGGGUUCGAUACUUGCAAGGCCGUCUCGUUCCAGAAUACCGACCGGCAGAUAGUCCCUCAUUUGUUCCAUCUUUGCACUCAAGCUCACACAAGGUGGUCGUUGAGAUGAGGAAAAGAACUAUUCAGGAAGAGGCUGAGACAGAACUUCCUACGUCGCCACUGCCAGAAUCAGGAGCUAGUGAGCAGCACUACGUUGCCACCAACCCACACCGUUUUGAAGAAUUGUCCAGAUCGAAAGGAUUUUCUGAAUCUAAUCUCACGAAUAAACGGGGAAAACGGAAAUCAGAGGAUGGCUUAGAUGCUUUUGAGUUGGGAACCUCUAAGACCCCUGUCGCAUUAAUGGGAGCAGCAGAAGUAGAGAUUGAACCCGUACCACAGAAAAAGCCAUUUUUUCUGAUUACACCUACAUUCCACACUGGCUUCUCAUUCUCCAUUAUCCAUCUUCUUUCAGCAGUACGUACGGCAAUGAUAACUCUGCUUCCAGAAGAUUCGUUGGAUGCUGGCAAGCAUCUUGAUGAGAAUGAUGGAGGGGAGAGAGUCGGGGAGGACCAACAUGGAAACCAGGAAGCGACAAAUGGGCUUCAUUCUCAGGUGAACUUGGAAAUCAACAAAUCGGAGAAUUUUGUGCAACUUAAUGUCCCUUCUCUCACUGUUCAGGAAAUUGUCAAUCGUGUGAGAUCAAACCCUGGAGAUCCAUUUAUUCUUGAAACUCAAGAACCACUUCUGGAUUUAGUCAGAGGAGUUCUGAAAAUAUUUUCUUCCAAAUCAGCACCUUUGGGAGCAAAAGGAUGGAAACCACUUGUCUUCUAUGAAAAAUCCACCAAAAGCUGGUCCUGGAUUGGUCCAGCUUCACAUAGUUCAUCAGAUGAUGAAGUCGUUGAGGAGGUGACAUCUCCUGAAUCUUGGGGUCUUCCUCACAAGAUGCUUGUCAAAUUGGUUGACGCAUUCGCUAAUUGGCUCAAAAGUGGACAAGAGACCCUUCAACAAAUAGGAAGUCUUCCUUGCCCACCCUUGUCGCUGAUGCAGUUUAAUUUGGACGAGAAACAACGGUUCAGGGACCUAAGAGCUCAGAAGAGUCUCACCACUAUCAUUCCGAGCUCUGAAGAAGUAAGAGGGUAUUUCCGUGAAGAAGAAGUUCUCAGGUACUCAAUUCCUGACAGGGCAUUCUCUUAUACAACUAUUGAUGGUAGAAAAUCUAUUGUUGCUCCCUUGAGAAGGUGUGGUGGUAAGCCAACAUCUAAAGCCCGCAACCAUUUUUUGCUGAAACGCGAUCGGCCACCUCAUGUAACCAUUCGUUGUCUUGUGAGAGAUGCGGCUGCAAGAUUGCCUGGAAGUAUUGGUACCAGAGCAGAUGUUUGUACUUUGCUUAGGGACUCGCAGUAUAUAGUGGAAGAAGUCUCUGAUGCACAAGUCAAUCAAGUUGUUAGUAAAGCCUUGGACCGUUUGCAUUACGAAUGUGAUCCAUGUGUACAGUUUGACGGGGCAAGGAAAUUAUGGGUUUAUUUACACCGGGAAAGAGAAGAAGAAGAUUUUGCGGACGAUGGGACUUCAUCUACAAAGAAAUGGAAGAGGCCAAAGAAAGAAGCCACCGAGCCAUUAGAGCAGGGACCUGUGACUGUGGCAUAUCAUGGGUCUGGGGAACAACCUGGGGUUGAGUUGAGCUUUGAUCUCGAUGCUGAGCCAUCAUGCGGGGAUGAGAAUAAGAGAAUGGAGUUGACAGAUUAUGACGGCAAGCAUAUUACAGAGGACUAUGUCUAAACCAGCAAUGGAUCUGAACAAAGGGACCAUGCAUCAGGGUCGUCCAAUGGAUUGGGAGUCUCUUCGGUUGAAUUCUAUGCGAGAGAACAGAUUGCUUUGUCAAGAAAAUUCCACCAACGAAGAUUUUGAUGAUGUGAUGUUUGGUAUAGAACCCGCCGGAGCUUUUAAGCACAAGCUUGUCGUGAGGCUCCAGGUAGUUUUUAGUAUUUCCUCGACUUUUGUCGACUGCCUUUGUAGUCUUCUGUUUAUUAGUACUUGGAACGAGUAUUAAUUGUUUGAAUAUUGUGGAGUUUCCUAUGUGGUAAUUUCAUGACCUGUGAAGAAUAUGUUUUCGAAA